GCAUUCUCCCUGGUAUUAAAUUUCACUUCUAUAAGAACUCAAUACAUACACCGCUGUUUUUCUAAAAUAUUUCUACCAUGCUUGAAUUCCCUUCAUUGUUCUACUCUCUGGGUUCAGCAAAACUUCAUUGAACAAAGUUUCUCUUUUUAAACUUUACUGUGCUAAUUGAAUGAACCGGGGAAGGAUAUGAAGUAAAAUCGCGAAAUUCGAGUAAAAAAAUCCCUCUAUUCUGAAAGAGAAUGACGGCACAGUUAGUGUCCCCACGUGCAGCGCACGCGCGGAACCUCCGUGAAAAUGAGGAAGCUGUCGAAUGCAGUCUGUGCCUCAAAAACUUCACAAAGCCGAAAAUCCUGCCCUGCUUUCAUUCGUUUUGCCUGAAAUGUCUCCAAGACUACGUGGAGACGAAUGCUCACAAUCAGAAAUUCGCAUGUCCGCUGUGCGCGUGCGAGUGCGUCAUCCCUUCCAGUGGUGUGGACGAGUUGCAGACGAACUUUUACAUCAAAGCCGCGCAGACGAAACUCAAAAUAGCGGCAAAUAGUCCUUGUGAGGUUUGCGACGAUGGAUCAAGGGCGGAGCGGAGCUGUAUCGAAUGUGAACAGAACCUGUGCACGAACUGCAGCAGGGGCCAUCUCAAGAUGAAGUCGUCACGUGACCACCAUCUCGUGUCCUUGACCGAGAAGUCGCACGCGGGUGAAGGUCAGGUCACCAGCAAGUCGUUCUGCGAGAAACACAAAGGCGACGAGUUGAGCUUCUACUGCCGGAAAUGCUCAGUGCCGAUCUGUCUGCGGUGUAAAGUGACGGUUCACGAGCAGCACACGACGGAAGACCUUGCUGACGUGGCGGCAGAAAUACGUGUUCUCCUCAUGGACAUGCUUAAGGGUGCCCAGGGCAUGCUACCUAAGUUCCACAGUCACCUUAACGACAUCACCUUCUAUAACGAUCACCUGGAGAAAGAGCGGGAAAAACUCAAGGACGAGAUUAUCUCCCAGACAAAGAAGCUCCAUGAGAAAGUGGACGACCUCUGCCGGAAGAUGAUGGCGGACGUAGAGGACGAGUAUUGUGUCGAGGUGGCGCGCCUCGGCACGCGCAGGCACAUGAUAAGCGAUAGGACGACCUCUUUCUCAACGCAGCUCCACUCAGCUAAUCAGGUGGUGUGUUACGGGUCGGAUGCAGACAUCGCAUGGAACCGUGACAACUUGGCGGAACAACUUCAGAAGAUGGCGAGCCUUGUCACACCCUCGGACAUGAUUCACCUAAAGAUGGACUUUAUACCAAGCGAUGACGUUACUUCCGCCGGCGUCGGCGACCUCAUUGGCGCGCUGAAGAAGAUCAGAGAUCCAACCGAAAAUUUUAAGGUUGAGGAGUUCUCGGCAUUUUCCGUGGACAACAGUUUCAAGGCCGUCAAUAGCGUCUGCCCCGCCGACGACGGGUCCGCAUGGAUCGCACUGGGCUGGACAGCAGACGCGCACCUGUUUUACCGGCACGGGGUCAAAGUUAAAACGCAGGUGGUGUCCAGGACGAUCGACUGUAUCGGGCGCGAUGGCGAGACACUGAUUAUGUCAAGCAACGAGCAGAAAGUGGUCGGGAAGCCAGGUCCUGGUUUCAAUCUGGACGAUUUUGCGACGUUUCCUGGCUACAACCCACGUGGGCUUGCCGUGACGCCAAAUGGUGACGUAUUGAUUUGCCUUGCACAGUCAGCUGCGUUCCAAGACUACAGGCCGAAUCACAGAAAUAAAGUUGUCCGCUUAAAUUCAGCCGGGAAGAUGAUCAAUGAAUAUGGCGCAGACGGGAAGUUGUUCAUGUACCCGCUUCGGGUUGCGGUCAACGUCAACGGCGACAUUUGCGUAUCUGACUGCCGAAAACAGAAGGUCAUCAUUGUCAAAAAGACGGGCGAGUUGAAGACAGAAUAUAACGGUUCUCCUGGUGAAGAGGAAAGACGCUUCGAGCCGCGGGGAAUCGCCUGCGAUGCCCGAGGCCACAUCUUCGUGGCGGACGGAGCGGGCCACGCCAUACACAUGCUUGACCAUACGGGGCGGUUUAUGCGCCAUGUAGUCACAGAGGACCAGGGGCUGUUUGGCCCCUACUCGGUUGCCGUUGAUAGGGACGAUUACCUAUGGGUCGGUUGUAGGGACGCUGAUAUUAAGGUGUACAAGCUUAACUGGACGUAGGGUGCGGCCCUGCUAAUGUUUAUACAAAGCUUAACAGGAUAUUGAGCUCGGCCGGGUGCAUUUUUUAUUCAGAGAGUAUUUAUUAAAACAAAUCACGUGACAAUAUUGUAAGAACAAGUGAAAGCGUAACAGGAUAUUGAGCUCGGCCGGCUUAGUUUUUUCAGAGAAUAUUUAUAAAACAAAUCACGUGACUACAUUGUAAGAUCAAGUAAAGGCAAAAACACAGUCAACGCAUGUUCACUCAUUUGAGCAUGUUAGUACAAUACUAAGAGUCUGAUAGAUUUAGUUUCACAAUGAAAACUUUUGGAAAUAGAUAUGUGUUGUUAGAAUAGGACUUUUACCGGAAUGUUACGUUUUGAUGGUGAACCCAUACGAGUUUAGCAUCACUUGAAAGCUAUUUGCUAAGUGAUUAUUGAAAAUUUAGAAAAAAACAACUCAACAACAAAUAAAAUGUAAAAUGACCGAGUGUACUUCAUUCAUCAAGUAUUAUUAGCCUGUACAUGGGCUCUUUAGUUAAACAGAAAUCGGAUUACACAAAAUAUUUUGGUAUUUUUGAAAGCCAAAAGAAAUUGUUAUAUUAUGUUUGGUAUAUUUUUUACACUUUCCUUUCUCUUUCAAAUGAUACAGAAAUCCUAUGGGGGUCACCAUGCAUCUAAAAUUGACAUAAUUGUGAGUCACAUACCUUAAUAUUUAAAAUGGUAGAGUAGUGCAGCAACCGUGCUUAGGUUAAUUAGGUAUAAAUUAGUGAAGUGAAAGCCCUUUUGAAAUGUGUAAAAUAAAACGCACAUGUGUUUGUCAUUAUAUUUUAGUGCGUAUUAUGCAUAUUUAUGCUGUUUGACGUGAACACAUAGUUUCUUAAUGAUAAAAGAAAUAAAACUAUUUUU